AUGGCCCUCCACUACGCGUACCCCGUCGGCUUGGCCGCCCCGGGAGAGAGUGCGAUCUGGCGGUGUCCCAAGUACGAGGAGGCGACUGCGCCGAAGCCUGCUGAAAAGGGCCCAUUCCUCACGACUCUGGAUGUGGAAGCGUCGGACUGCUCGAAGGGAGAAUUUCCGGAAGGCGAGUCGCCUCCGGAGUCUGGCUGGUGGUGCUCCGCGUACGGCGUGUUUCGCGUCGGCAAGAGCAGAGCCGGAGGGAGCGCACGGUGUAUGGGAGCGCGCCUUUCCCCGGCAGACAAGGAGUUCUUCUACUGGACGUUCGACGAAGCGGAUGAGAAGGCGCGGCUGCUGGGUUCGGGCCUCAGCCAGCUGCUGAAGGACGGCGUGAUCACCGUCCAGACGUUUCCAGACGAGGAGAGGAACGGAGGGAAGUUCGCGAACGUCGGCAUUCUCCUCCACAGUCGCAGAGAAUGGAUCCUCACGGACCUCGCCACUUCUGCGUAUCCUCCCCUAAGCAGCGUCACCCUGCACUACACCUUCCCCCCUGAACACUUGAAGGCAAUUCUCUCCGAAGCAGGCGAGUGCAAGAACGCGAAAGGAGACGAGAACAUAGCAGAGGAAGGGGUGUGGACGCAUGACGAGAAAAACAGAACGGAGAUUCGGGGAGAAUCAGCGCAACCAGGAGAGACGCGUUUUUUUCACACCGUCUCGACGCUGGUGACGGACGUGGAGCAGCUGAAAGUGGUAAGCGAACUGAAGGCGGAUCUCCCGGCCCUCAAGGGUCUCGUCCUCGUGAAUCUGGCGGAGGAGACGUCGCGGCUAGAGAAAGAAAACCCGGACGAAAAGGCGAACCUUCUGAAGCUGGUGGAAGAGGUGCGCGCAAAGGGCGUUCAAGUCUUCGACUUCGAAGACAUCCUCGAGAAAGGAAGAAAGGCGUACAUUUCGCCCAUCAUGGAGCAAGAUCCCGAACGCAUCUUCACGAUCGUCUACACCUCCGUCUCUCAGUGGUCGGUUGUGACUUUUUCCUCUUCAGGGACGACGGGGAACCCCAAGGGCGUGAUGCUGUCGAAUCGGAAUUUCGUUCGCGAGAUUCAGGGCUGUCUGUGCAUCAAUCACUACACGUUGAUGAUGGACGACGACUUUCUGCAUUUUGCGUUGCUGCCGCUCUCCCACGUGUUUGAGCGCAUGGUCGAGUACGUGGCGUACGGCUUCGGCGCCGCGGUAGCUUACUUUUCGCGGAAGAAGGAGUUGCUGGCGGACGACUGGCGGUACGCGCAGCCUUCGUGCCUGAUCAUGGUCCCGCGCGUCGCGACGCUCGUCCUCGACAGCAUCGAGUCGCAGAUGCAGCAGCUGCCUAUGCUGAAGCGCGCAGUUCUGAACUUUGCGAUCAACCGGAAACUGCAUGCGCGGCGGUCCGUGUCCCAGUCGACCGUUCUGGGCACGCUCCGCCUCGGCUCGAGCGGCUCGGAGGCGUCGAUGCGGGAGGAGCGGUCGAUGGCCUCAGCCGCCAAGUCGACCGCCGAGAGCUGCACCACGCGCGCGUCGACGGCCUCCGCCGCGCCGCCGCUGCAAGCCUUCUGGUACGACCGGGUGCUCGGCGCCUCGUCGACGUUGCAGACGCGGCUCUUUGGCCGAGCCGGGCGCAUCCGCUUUCUGCUUUCUGGCGGCGGGAAGCUGAACCCAGACGUCCAGGAGAAACUCGAGGCGUACCUCGCGACCAGUUUCCUCCAAGGCUGGGGCAUGACGGAGACCUCUGGGGCGGGGUGCUGGCAAGCACGCGAGGGCGACGGAAGCCUCGACAACGCCGGCGGGCCGAGCGCCGUGAUGGAGAUGAAACUCCGGUCCUGGGAGCAUUACGACGCGGAGCGCGCGGAGUGUCCCCAGGGCGAGCUUUUGGUUCGCGGGGAGAACGUGUUUGAGGGGUACUUUCGCCAGAAGGCGAUGACUGACGAGGCGUUUGUCUUCGAUGCGGACGACGCCGGAAAACCCGGGGCGUGGAGCCGCCGUUGGCUCGCCACGGGCGACAUUGCCGAGAUCCAACCUAACGGAUCGAUGAAAAUCAUCGACCGGAAGAAGAGCCUGAUCAAACUGGCCCAGGGCGAGUAUCUGCAGACCGAGAAACUCGAGAGCAUCUAUGCCCGCAGCGCGUUCGUCGACAACAUCUUCGUGCACGGCUACGACUCCCAGUCGUACCCGGUCGCCGUCGUCGUCCCGAACCGCCAAGCCGUCAUGCUCUGGGCUGAGAAGCGCCGCUCCGGCGCCUCCAAGCCCAACGCGAAGCCGCUGCAAAAAGUGAGCGACGAGGCGCUCGCCGAAGUGCUCCGGGACCCCGAGCUGAAGAAAGACAUCCUUCUCGACUUCAACCGCCUCGCCACAGACGCGUCUUUGCUCGGCUUUGAAAAGGUCAAAAACGUGCACCUUACCCUCGACGUGUGGACUCCCGACAACGGCAUGCUCACGCCCACCUUCAAAACGAAACGCGCCGUCAUGUGCCGCUCGUACAGAGCGGACAUGGACAGGCUGUACGAAGAACUUAGUCACGGGGCGUGA